AUGGCCGCCUCUCGCCGCCUGUUAUACGUCCUCCUAAUCUUGGCCUUCUUAUUCUCGCUAUUAUCUGCAAAAUCUCAGUCACAAGAUUCCCAAGAAGAAGAAGAAGAGGAUACACCUGUCACCCGCUACCAACGAUACCUGAGGUUCAACACAGCCCAUCCAGACCCCAACUACACCGCUCCGAUCUCCUUCCUCAUCGACCAAGCCCAAUCCCUGGCCUUAAACGUCCGUUCUCUCGAGUUCGUCCCGGGCAAACCUGUCCUCCUCCUUACCUGGCGGGGUUCCGACCCUUCCCUCCCUUCAAUUCUCUUCAACUCUCACCUCGACUCCGUCCCCGCUGAACCUGCCAAAUGGCUCCACCCGCCUUUCUCCGCCUUUCGCACCCCCACUGGCGAGAUUUUCGCUCGUGGAGCGCAGGACGACAAGUGUAUCGGCAUGCAGUACCUGGAGGCCAUCCGCUCCCUCAAGUCCAGGGCAUUCGCCCCCCUGCGUACGGUCCAUGUGUCGUACGUCCCCGACGAGGAGAUUGGCGGCUUUCACGGGAUGGAGAAGUUCGCGGAUUCCCAGGAGUUCCGGGAGCUGAAUGUUGGGUUCGUGAUGGACGAACGCCAGGCUUCCCCCGGCGACGAGUUCAGGGUCUUCUACGCGGACAGGACCCCAUGGGGGCUUGUGCUUAAAGCCACUGGUACCCCCGGGCAUGGGUCCAGGGAUGUAUGA